ACACUGGAAAAAAAAACAUAUACUGCUUUGGCUUUAACUUAGAUAGAAACGCCCAAAGCUGAGUUCUUGCAGCCAUGGCUGGAAGAAAAAGAAGAAAAAUGAAGUCAUUAGCUGCGACAGCUCCAAAUAAUGGUGCUGCUUCAAGUGAGGAGCGUGAAGAAUCUGAUGAGCAAAACUCAUUGUUUCGUGUGCCGGUUGAUAUCCUAGAACAGAUUCUCUGCCGGUUAAACUUGAAGGAAAAUAUCCUUGCUUCUGCUGUUUGCAAGCAAUGGCUUGCUGCUGCCAUUUCUGUAAGAGUUGCGAAUAAACCACCUUGGCUUAUGUUUUUCCCGAAAUUCGGUGACUUGGUUGAAUUCUAUGACCCUUCAGUGAGGCAAACUUAUUCUGUUGAGUUACCAGAGUUACGUGGCUCGAGGCUUUGCUAUGCGAAGGAUGGCUGGUUGCUGCUAUACAAGCCCAGAAGUUUGCGUGUGUUCUUCUUCAAUCCUUAUACGAAGGACGUGAUCAAUUUGCCAGGACUAGAAUUAACAUACCAGAUAGUUGCUUUUUCGGCAGCUCCAACAUCCCCCGACUGUAUUGUUUUCACAGUUAAGCAUGUCAGCCCCACUUUGGUUGCAAUUAGCACAUGUAAACCAGGGGCAACUGAAUGGACAACUGCCAAUUACCAAAACCGUUUGCCAUUUGUUAGCAGCAUUUGGAAUAAGUUAGUUUUCUGCAAUGGUCUCUUUUAUUGUCUGAGUCUUACUGGCUGGUUGGGAGUCUAUGAUCCAGAAGAACAUACUUGGCUUGUUCGUGUGGUUCCACCUCCGAGAUGCCCCGAGAACUUUUUCGUCAAAAAUUGGUGGAAAGGAAAAUUCAUGGCAGAGCACAAUGGAGAUAUCUAUGUGAUAUACACUUGCUCUACUGCAAAUCCGGUGGUAUAUAAAUUGGACCAAAUAAAUAAAAUUUGGGUGGAGAUGCAAACUUUAGGUGGUUUGACUCUUUUUGCUAGUUUCCUUUCAUCCCAAGCAAGGACAGACAUUCUUGGUGUGAUGAGAAAUAGUAUUUAUUUCUCUAAGGUUCGUUUUUAUGGAAGGCGUUGCAUAUCCUAUUCCCUCGAUAAAAACAGAUACUACCCGCGAAAGCAGUGUUACGAUUGGGGAGAACAAGAUCCUUUCGAGAGCAUUUGGAUUGAUGCACCGCCGGACCUUUCAGCCUUUGCCUGAAAAGAUUUGUGACAAAGGGCCUCAAAUACAAGGUCCCUCUUCAAACGGCUUCAUCGACCAGUUCUAGAGCUGCAGAUGUAGUCAAGUAGCCACCUUGCUGCAGAAAAAGUGAAAACCGAACCGAUGGUUCAGAUGUAUCACUAAAUGUUGUCAAAGACCUGGAAGGCAUGAUAAAGAACAGGGUUCUAAUCAUGUUAUCUCUCAAUUUAUAGUACUUUAUAAGUUGUCAUUGAACAUUUUCCUUCAGUGUAGAUAACAUUUUAGGGUAAUGUUGUAGUUGAAUUUGUAGAAGUUUAAUUCAAGCUGACUAAAUAAGAGCUUU